CCAAAAUCCACUCAAUCGACUCAAUCAAUCCAGUCCAGUUCCACUGUUCCAGUUACUGGAACUGUGGCACUUUAACAGUGUUACUGUCAAUGGGAGUGAAGAAGUACGUUAAAUCGUGUAAGGCUGGCAAUGCCGAUGUCAUUAUCAAUUACUAACAUUUAUUGUGUGUUGAAUAUUUUCUGUUAAUUCAGUAGAUUGUGCCUGUUAAUAAUAUUUCGGGAUGUUCCAAAUAUGGCCAGUUAAAUUCACUGCAAAUUAUUUUAGUGUUAGCCUGCAAAAAUCUCAGUUGGUGUAAUAGGUUAAAUAGCCCCAGUUUGAAAUAACGAUACAAGAAGAUAGGUUAUCCAAUAAGUUACUUUUAUGAACUGUCAACCUUGUAUACUGUGUUCAAUUGUUUCCCAUCAUAAUGACUGAAAGAUCAAACAGUAGAAGAUACUGCAGCUAUAAAGGUUGUUCUUCGGAUAGAUUACUUACUAAAAAUGGAGCUAUAUCUUUCUUUAGUUUCCCUAUAAAAGAUACUGAAAGAUGUUCGAUGUGGAUUUCGAAAAGUGGGCGAGAAGAAUUCCGAUAUUUGACACCGAAGGAACUGGGAGAAAAGAAAAUUUGUGAACUCCACUUUGAUCAUGCCAUGUUUUCGAAUGAUUUAAAAACGAAUCUGACCAAACGGGCUUUCCCUCUGGAUUGGAGGGUAAGCUCGAGGAGUCCAGAGCUGAUUCAGAUCGACGAUGACGAGAACAGCAUCGAGUGUGAAAAUUUUGUUCUCCGUGAAAGUCCAGUUACCACAAGCACUAACGGACCAAUAAGUAACGGUGUCUCCGAGAACGAGAACAACACGAACGUUGUAAACACAAACGGUAGUAUAUUGAAUGCGGUAUUGAGCAGUGGAGCCAGUCCGAAGUCAGUUCAGUCCUCUAAGCAAAUUACAGUGGCUACCAACACCGUAGAAGGAAAUCACGGCAACACAACAUUGGACAAAAGCACCGCAAUACCGGCAUCACUAACUAACAAGAAUACGAAAUUCCACAACCUUCCACCGCAGUCGGCGCCUCCGACCGACUUCUACUACCAGCAGUGCCCAUCAGUGGAAGAGACCAAUCACUCGUUCCCUGAGCCACCGGAUGGGGAACUGCCGUUGUUUGUGCAGCAGAGCUCCGUCGUCUCAUUGGCGGAAGAUCCUGAGCCGGCCCACAGUGAAGUGUCGGAGCCCCAACCCAAGCGGAGGCGACGCGACAGGGGUGAUGAUGACCUUGCCGACCAGAUGCGAGAUGCUAUGAAACACCUUAAGAACAUCACUUCUUUGCUCACCAGCUCAGAGGACGAGUUCGAGCUGUUUGGCCGCAGCGUGGCGUUGCAGUUGAAGAAGAUGUCACUUUGUACGGCAUUGACGGUUCAAGCCAAAAUACAACAUUUGCUGUCCCAAUACAGGAUCAGUGAUAUUAAGCGAGAAGCGAAGGACAGGUUGAGACAAGCCACUACGAAUGAGGCUGAUUCGGAGGAAAACAAAUGUGAGGAUAAAGUAAAAGGAGGUGAAGAACACCCGGAAGCCUCGUCACCUCAGCUCUCUCUAACGUGCGCUUCAGAAACAUCAGAUAAUGAAGCGACGGAAGUAGGCUAGGUACUGGGGGCUUGUAGGAUUGUUACCAAUAACAUUUAGACUCAAAUCCUAUCUCUAUAUUAAAAUAUAAGCAGGGUGUUUAAAUGCGCGGAUACAGUUUUGUUUUCAAUUUUUUGGUUAGCCUACAUUAAUUUCAAUCUUUCUUUCCUAGCAUAGUCAAUCUCAAAGCUCAAGAUUAUUUUUACUGAUUGAGUAGAUAUUUUUUGUUUCAUAUGUUUGACCUAAUUUAAUUUUAUAACAAGAAAAUCAUAUAAUGUGAACAUUCUUCGAACAAAGUAUGUUUAUAAAUUUCAUGAAAUUGUAGAAAGUUGCUUUCUAUUGUGAUGUCAAGUUAAUUAAUGGUAAUUCCUUUAUGUAAAAGACAUAAUGAACGUUUCGUUACAAAUUAUUUUAACAGUUUCUAAAACAUUGUUUUAGCAUAAUAAAUAAAAGCAAAAAAAAGAACUAACUACAGUUAAAUUUUGAAACAAUUAACAAAAUUUAUUAUUGUAAACUAUUUUCAUCUUUUAGAGAAUUUUUUAUUUAAACUCAUACAACAUUCUGUUGAACUUGUUUCAUAGUUAUCACAUGCCUAAUAGUUUACUUUCAAUAUAGACAUUGGAAAACCGAACUAUGUAGUGUAUUUUUGUAUCUUGGUUUGUGAUUUACAUUCCCAUGGCAUGUAAUGUGUUUAAAAUCUUUACUUUUUUAGUAAUAUAAAAAAAAAACUUUAAACACAUAGCACAAACAUUGUACAGUUUUGAAGAAGUAUUUCUUUAUUUGUGAUAUUUUUAUAUUAAAAGAUGUUUUAUAUUUAUUGUACAUUUUAAAGCGUUAAUUAGUUUUUGUCAUUAUUAUUACUAGCAGUUUAAGCCCCAAAGUGACAGUUUGGAUGUGAAGAAUCAUAUUUACUGUGCAGUAAAACCAUCGUCGAGGGCCCAGAGAGUCGAGAAUAGACUGAAUUUUAUUUUGCUUAUCUUUCAUAAUUGAUGAAACUAAUUAGUGUUAUUGCAUCACUUCAGUAAUUAAAAAUCUGAUGAUGUUAUUCAAUAUAAUAUUAUGAUGUAUAUAAUUUUAAUUUGUACAUAUUAAUUACAAAACAGAAUUUCUAGUCGUUAGCUUUUAUUUACUUAAAUAUUUCUUUUAAAAUAAAGAUGUAUUUGAAUAAAAUUUGUCCGCUUUCUUUUCA